AUGAGCAAAAACGGAGCACCAGUCGCAACCCGUACAAGUGCGGGUUGGAUUUUAAACGGAAAAACAACACAACCAGGUGACAGCGAGCUUGCGUGUUUUGUCAUUUGCCGCGAAGAGGAAUCGGUCGAUCAACAGUUAAAGGAAUUUUGGCAAAUUGAAGAAAUCAACGGCGAAAAAUCUUCCCUUUCUGAAGAAGAAAGGCGGUGCGAAACAGUAUAUGACGAAACCACCAUCCGUGAACAGUCUGGCAAAUAUCAAGUCCGUUUACCAUUUCGCAAUGGCAAACCGAUUUUGGGCCGAUCACGCAACAUUGCAGUAGCACAAUUGUUUGGAGUAGAGAAAAAAUUCCGCGCCGAUCCGCAAUUUAAGCAACAAUACAUCGAUAACAUGAGAGAAUACUUCGAAAAUGGUCACAUCGUCGAGGUCAAUACCACAGAAGAUCAGCAUAAAACAACAAUCAACGGUGAAGAAACGUUUACAUGCGCGUAUUUACCUCAUCAUGCUGUACUUAAAACAACCAGCUCCACAACGAAAUGUCGUUGCGUCUGCAAUGCAUCGAGACGUACAACAAAUGGUAAGACAUUAAACGAACAACUGUUAACCGGUCCAACCAUUCAAGAUGACAUCAUGGCCAUUUUAAUGAGGUGGCGAACGUAUGAAUUCGUCAUUAAUGCCGAUAUCGCACGCAUGUAUCGACAAAUAAUCAUGAAUGAUGAGGAUUCGGAGUAUCAACGCGUUGUUUGGCGAGAAAAUGAGAACGAGCCAAUCCGUGACUUUAAACUUAUCACCGUGACAUUCGGCACAACUCCAGCACCAUAUUUGGCUAUUAAAACAAUACAUCGAUUGGCCGACGACGAAGCCGAAAAUUUUCCACUUGCAGCACCAGCAGCGAAAAGGGAUUUCUACGUUGAUGAUUUCUUUUCCGGAAGCGAAACGAGAGAGCGUGCGAUCAAGCUACGUGUGGAAAUCACCGAAAUGAUGUCGAAAGGUGGUUUUCAAAUUCGAAAAUGGAUAGCAAACGACGAGUUGACAUUGGCGGAUGUGCCUGAAGAAGAAAGGGGCAUACCAAACAGUCUUGAAUUCGAUAUAAACAGCACAGUUAAAACUCUCGGCGUGCAAUGGAACCCAAAAACCGAUUGUUUUUCCUACAAAACGGCAUCGAUAGCAGCGAAUGAUGAGGUGCCAACAAAGCGUAAAUUCUUAUCAACAACAGCAAAAAUCUACGAUCCCAUCGGAUGGCUCGCACCUACGACGAUUCUCAUCAAAAUCUUGUAUCAAAAGUUAUGGAUUCAUGGAACAAAGUGGGAUGAAACCAUUCCACAAGAGAUCAACGGGGUGUACCAAAAGUACCGCAUCGAAUUUCCGUUACUUGAACGAAUUCGCGUACCACAAUGGAUCAAAACAGUAUCCACCUGCAGCAUUCAACUCCAUGGAUUUUGCGACGCAUCGAACGAUGCGUACUCGGCAACGAUCUAUACACGGAUCAUAGAAGAUGAUGAAAAGGUUAAUGUUUCUUUGUUUGCAGCGAAGACAAGAGUUGCACCAAUACAAAAAUUAACCACGCCCAAAUUGGAAUUAUCAGCAGCAGUGUUAUUGGUAAGACUCUUCGAAAAAGUAAAAAAGGUAAUAAAACGAGACCAUAUUGAAUGCUACGCAUGGAGUGAUUCAACGAUCACUCUCGCAUGGAUUCGCAAUAAUGGCACGAAACUGCAAACAUUUGUUGCCAACAGAGUUGGCGAAAUUCGAGCCGCCGGUUUGAUUUGGCGACAUGUUCCGACGCACGACAAUCCAGCGGAUUGUGCAUCAAGGGGUUUGACACCCAGCGCAUUAAUAGAUCAUCAGUUGUGGUGGCAGGGUCCAUCUUUUCUACAGCAAUCACCUGAAUAUUGGCCAGAGGAUGCUACGUGCCCCAUAAAUGAAACCCAAAUACAAAUAUUCUCCAUUUUGACUGAACCCAUUCAAUUGUGGCCAUUAGAAAAAUAUUCAUCUUUCGAAAAGCUACAACGCGUGGUGGCUUAUUGCCACAGAUUCAUCAACAAUUGCAAGCAGAGACGUAAAACUUUCGGUCCACUCACUGCAGCUGAAUUGAAUCUCGCCUCCGACUCCAUAGUGCGAAAUGUACAACGAGAAAGUUAUCACGAAGAAAUCCAAUUAUUACAAAACAACGAAUCGGUAAGAGGUCAUUUGAAUCCACUCAACCCAUUUCUUGACAACAACUUUAUUAUGCGCGUAAACGGUCGAUUAGCAAACGGUAAUUUACCAUACAAUCAAAAACAUCCAAUGAUUCUGCCUAAAUCCCAUCAUGUUACUCACUUGAUCAUCCUUUAUGCGCAUCGAAUGACACUCCAUGGUGGAGCAACCUCAACACUCACAUUUUUGCGCAAUAAGUUUUGGAUUCCCAAGGGUCUCAACACGGUGAAAAAGUACAUACGAUCGUGUCAACAAUGCGCUCGCUUCAAUGCAAAAACUAUGACCCAGCGAAUGGCUGCACUGCCUGAAGUGCGUUUAAAUGUUUCUCGUCCGUUCACGCAUACCGGAAUCGACUUCGCCGGCCCUAUUGACAUAAGAACGUCGAGCGGUAGAGGACAAAAAACGUCAAAGGGGUAUAUCUGUAUUUUUAUCUGCCUCACAACUAAAUCCAUCCACAUCGAAGCGGUGAGCUCUCUUACCAGCACGGCUUUCAUAGCAUCGCUUCGUAGAUUUUGUAGCCGGCGCGGUCAAAUCAAACAUCUCUACAGUGAUAAUGGUACCAAUUUCGUGGGAGCGAACAAACUUUUAGCAGCACUCGAAAAACAUGAAAAACGACAAUUCGAAGAAGAUAUUUCGAAUGCAUUAGCCGCAAAUGGAAUUCAGUGGCACUUCAACCCUCCAGCAGCACCUCAUUUCGGCGAACUGUGGGAAGCCGGUGUAAAAUCGAUCAAAACUCAUUUAAAACGAAUGGGCAAAACCAAUUUUACGUAUGAGGAAUUCACCACCCUAUUAACACAAAUAGAAGCGUGCUUAAAUUCCCGUCCGUUAUGUCCGCUCAACGAUGAUCCAACCAAUUUGGAUGUACUGACUCCGGGUCAUUUUCUAGUCGGUUCUUCGCUAUUGGCCCCACCCGACGAUACGAUCGACGAGCUCCAGUCGUCCACAAUAUCGAGAUGGCAAGCGGUACAGAGACAAAUUCAUCUUUUUUGGAAAAAGUGGGGGACGGAAUAUCGGCAACGUCUACAGCAAAGACCAAAAUGGCUAAAUCAACGACAAAAUCUUGAAAUCAACGAUUUGGUCCUCAUCAAGGAUGACAACUCACCUCCAACGCAAUUGUUAAAGGGUAGGGUAAGUCGCGUGUAUCCAGGCUCUGACGGUUUAGUUAGAGUGGCUACCCUAAGAACGGUGAAAGGCGAAAUAAAAAGGCCGAUCACAAAACUGUGUCUUCUUCCAAAAUUGACGCCGGUUGAAGCGACAGCCGUCAACGAUCUUGAAAAUUCCAAAAUCAACAAAAAACGAUCAACACUCAAACCAAUAAAAAGAACAUACAAUCUGCGGCCGCGAGCGCUCAUCAAUCAAUUCACUUUGAUUGCAUUAUUUGGUUUAUUCGCAAAGAUUUUUGGCUCACCUUUUAAUGUGACAACGUUUUCCAACCAGCCUGGCAUCUAUUUUGAACAAAUCGGCGAUGUACGUUUCAUCACCGGAGACUGGACAAUCUUAAUUCACUACAAUUUGUCAAAUUACCUGCAGUAUCACACUCAACAACUACAGACGAUCGAACAAAUGAGAAAAUUGUGUGACGAAAUCAACUACGAACAACCAUCGUGCCGAGCAGUGAUCGAGCAAUUUGAAAUCAAAUUGCACGAAUUGAAUUUGGGUGACGAAUUCAUAAAAAUAAAUCAACUUCAUAAUCGCAGACAACGUCGAUCUCCAUUUGAUUUCAUCGGCAUGAUCGCUAGUGAGGCCUUCGGCGUACUCGAUCAACGAUACGCAAAGGAAUAUGUUGCUGAAAUCCAAAAAACAAGAGAAAAUGAACAGAACACGGCGAAACUUUUGGAUCAACACGUCUCAAUUAUGCAAGCUACAAGUCAAAUUAUUUAUCAUAACGAAGAGAAGGUUCGCAGUGGCUUUGACAUAAUGCAGAAAAACUUGGAAAGAAUAAAAAAAAGCUACACCGAUGAUCAUCUACUUUUAUCGGAACAAAAAAGACAUCAAAUUUUCCUGGACAUGGGACUUCAACUAAUGAUUUUGUCGAGUCGGAUGGAGGUCAUCCAGAGGAAUCUGAUCGAUAUAAUUAUCGAUACACAUCAUGGUAAAUUGAACCCUCUUCUCUUUCCAGUCGAGGAGGUGCGAAAGCAAAUUACUCUGAUAAAAAAUCAUCUUUCGGCUGAAUUAUCUAUCCCAAGCGACGUCGCCGAGCUCUAUUCAACAAUGAGAGUUCGCACAUGCAGCAUCGAAUCAACCGUUCUGUUCGAAGUAAAGAUACCGCUACAAUCAAGCAGAGAAUUUCAAUUAUAUCGAAUUCAGCCCAUGCCAAUCAUAGAACAAAACGAAACAUUGUACGUCCAGCCAAGCACAGAGUACCUCAUAAUCAAUUUACAACGUACCCUGUUCUAUCCAUUGAACGAGAUUGAACUUUUACGAUGCACUCGACGCAGAGAGAACUCGUAUGCAUGCCACCAGAAACAUCCGCUGUAUAAAACAACAUCCGGGAAGUGCAGCUGCGAAAUCGGUAUUUUAACACAUACUGGGAUUUCAUCGAGCUGCCAAGUUCACCGCGGAGAAGGGGUGUCAUUUUGGUCUCAACUCACCACCACCAAUAGGUGGCUGUAUGUGGCCAACGACUCUAAAACAAUCGAUAUCCUUUGCGGCGAUAAACUACACACACAAACAUUGAGGGGCUCGGGCAUCAUCAAUUUUUACGAUCAGUGUAUAAUCGAGCAACUCAAUUUCGUAAUCCGUUCUUUGAAGACUAUUCGAAGCACUAUCAACGCGUCUUUCAUUCCUCCGUUCAACUUAACUGACAUUCUUCGAGAUCAACCAAAACAAUUAGUAUUACGAGAUGUCCGAUACAACACUGAUACGUCUCUUCAACAGUUAAACGAACAAAUAAACGAUUUAAAAAAUAAGCAUUUCAAACCAUAUGUAGCACACAACGUACACCAUUAUGUAUCAAUUUAUGUAUUGUUAUUAAUUUGUAUCAUUAUAUUUAUAAUAAUUCAUAAGAAGCGACACAUUCCGCGUUUAAAAUUCAAGAAGAAAGUUCAGAUUCCGGAAUGUUCAACCAACAUAGAGGAGGCCCCAGAAUGUUUGGAAAUCCAAACAUAA